AUGGAUCGUUUGGGAGACGUCACAGAGAGAGUGCGAGAGCAGGCCCAGGCUCUGCUGCUAAAGAUCAUGGACCAGGCAGCCAAUCCCCAGUUUGUGUGGGAGCGGAUGAUGGGAGGCUUCAAACACAAGAACAGCAGAACAAGAGAAGGACUGUGUCUGUGCUUGAUGUCCACUCUGAACGUAUUCGGGUCAAAGAGUUUGACGUUGAGUAAAAUCGUGCCUCACAUCUGCAGUUUGUUGGAGGAUCCGAGUAGCGCGGUGAGAGGCGUGGCACUGAACUCUCUGGUGGAGAUCUAUCGUCACGUGGGAGAGAAAGUGCGGAUUGACCUUGGUAAAAAGGGUCUUCCUCAGUCCAGGUUGAAUCUGAUCUUCAGUCGGUUCGAUGAAGUGCAGAGAUCUGGAAACAUGGUCCUGUCUCCCCUGUCCGAUCAGACGAUUGAAGACGACGACCCCUCCAGAGCAUCUAUGAAGAAGCGUCUGAGCUUCAGACACUCCACAGAAUCAGGACGAGAAACAGCUGGAGCUUUGGAUGAGGAGGACUUCAUGAAGGCGUUUAAGGAGGUCCCCACCCAGCUCCUCUCUCACAGGGAGGUGGAGGAGGGCGUGGCCAGAGUGAGGGACGUUCUGUCUGACGAAAAACGGGACUGGGAGAAGCGUGUGGCGGCGCUGGAGUUCCUCCGGGUGCUGCUGGUUGCUGGAGGCUCAAAGAUGGAUAGUUUUCUGGUUCAGCUCAGACUCAUGGAGCCGUCCCUCAGACUGUGUGUGAGAGACAAGUCCCAGGUGGUGAGGAAGGCCUGCAUCACCCUGGGGCACCUGUCUUCAGUCCUGGGUCUUCGGUUUGACCGCUCGGCUGAAGCUCUGCUGCCGGCUCUAAUCGGACUGAUACCCAUCAGCACCAAGAUCAUGGCCUCAAGCGGAACCACCGCUGUCCGAGUCAUUCUGAAGAACACUCAUUUCCAUCGUCUCGUCGCGAUCGUCACUGGAUUCUGUUUGUCCAAAUUGGUGGCGGUUCGACGUCGCUGCUUUGAGUUUCUGCUUCUGCAGCUUUGA